UUAGUCAUUUUGAACAAAAUUUCCGAUGGAUUUGGAAAGCGUGAAGAAAUACUUGGAGAAAGGAGUUGGCGAAGGGGAAGACAAGAAUGCCGCCACCAUCAAUGGCAUGCCUUCCAGGUUCUUCGAAAACUUCAUCAUGCAAGGUCUACAUGUUGACCACAUCGAAAAGGGUCGAGUUCUUUGCUCCAUGAAAGUCCCACCUCGAUUGCUGAACGCGGGCAAUUUUUUGCACGGCGGAGCCACUGCAUCGCUGGUGGAUUUGGUCGGAUCAGCGGUUGUUUUCACCUACGGAGCCAGUUCGAGUGGAGUUUCUGUUGAAAUCAGUAUUACUUACUUGGAUUCUGCUUUUGUUGGUGAGGAAAUUGAGAUAGAGGCUAAGGCAUUGCGUGUUGGGAAGACUGUUGCCGUCAUCACUGUUGAGAUUCGGAAGAAAAAGAGUGGGAAAAUUAUCGCACAGGGGCGUCAUACUAAGUACCUCGCUCCUCAAAGUAAAAUGUGAAUGAACAUUUCUACCUAAACUGUCAUCGUCGAAUAAUUCCUUAUGCUACGAACGAAUAGUAUAAUUUUCAUAAAUAUGUAUUGUACAUGCAUAAGAUAAGAGACCAGCUGAAUUUCAUAUCAUGUUUCCUGC